UUCGGUCUUAAGACGGAAGUUGUAAUUUAACCGUCUAUGGUUCGGUUAGUCUCGGAGAAAAAACGAGCAGUCCGUCGGACAAAGGAGGGGUUGAAAACUUGGGAAAAGCCCUUUCUUUCUUUCUGUUUUUUUCUUUCCUCGGGGCGAUGCCGACGCGUCCAGCGGCUUCUUCGUGCUGUGGAUCAGCAGCGUCCACCACCAUGUUCUUGAGCUCCGUGCUUUUAGGGGCCUUGGUCCUCCAGGCAGCCUGUUACUUUGCGGAGGAAAAGUAUCCGGAGGAGUCGAAAAUGCAGCCUCCCACCGUGGUUAUCGCCAUUCUGGCCAGAAACGCCGCUCAUUCUCUGCCUUACUACCUCGGAGCUCUGGAGAGACUCAACUACCCCAAAGGUCGCAUCUCUGUGUGGGCAGCCACAGACCAUAACUUGGACAACACCACGGCCGUGCUGAAGGAGUGGCUCACUGUCACCCAGAGGUUUUACCAUUAUGUUGAAUGGAGACCGAUGGACCAGCCCACAUCAUAUGCAGGUGAGCUGGGUCCGAAGCAUUGGCCCAAUGGCAGAUAUGAAUAUGUGAUGAAGUUGAAGCAGGCAGCACUCAACUUCGCCAGGAAACGCUGGGCUGACUACAUCCUGUACGCUGACACAGACAACAUUCUAACCAACCCUGAAACCCUCAAUCUGCUGAUAGCAGAGAAUAAGUCGGUCAUCGCGCCGAUGUUAGACUCUCAGGGAGCGUAUUCCAACUACUGGUGCGGUAUCACACCACAGGGAUAUUAUCGACGAACAGCUGAGUACUUCCCCACUCGUCACCGUCACCGUGUAGGCUGCUACCCGGUACCCAUGGUCCACUCCACGGUGCUGCUGGACUUAAGAAAAGAGGGCAUGAAGAAACUAGCCUUCUUCCCUCCUCACCAGGACUACUCAUGGCCUUAUGAUGAUAUCAUCGUGUUCGCCUUUUCCUGCCGAGCCGCGGAGAUUCAGAUGUACCUGUGUAACAAAGAGCGCUAUGGCUACCUGAACGUCCCAGCCAAGCCUUACCACACGCUGGAAGAUGAUCGCCUCAACUUUGUCCACUUGCAUCUUGAGUCCAUGAUCGAUGGUCCUCCCAUGUUUCCUUCUCGAUACGUCCAUAUGUUCCCCAAACAGAGAGACCUCAUGGGCUUUGAUGAGAUAUAUCUGAUUAAUCUGCGACGGCGGGCUGACCGUAGAGACAGAAUGCUGUUUUCUCUGAAUGAGCUGGAGAUCGAUGUCAAGGUGGUAGAUGCUGUGGAUGGAAAUGCACUGAACAGCAGUGACAUUAAGAUCCUGGGUGUUGACCUGCUUCCAGGAUACUACGACCCAUUUUCCGGACGAACAUUGACCAAAGGAGAGGUCGGCUGCUUCCUCAGCCACUACAUCUGGAAGGAGAUGGUGGACAUGCAGAUGGAUAAGGCCAUGAUCUUUGAAGAUGAUGUUCGCUUCCAGGCUAACUUCAAACGGCGAGUCCUCAGAUUAAUGGAGGAGGUGGAGCAAGUGGAGCUGGACUGGGACAUAAUAUACCUUGGCAGAAAGCAGGUGAAUCCUGGAAAGGAGGAGGCGGUGGAGAAUGUUCAUAACUUGGUUGUAGCCGACUACUCCUACUGGACCCUGUCUUACAUCAUCUCCCUGCAGGGAGCCCAGAAACUGCUCAACGCUGAGCCACUUUCAAAGAUGCUGCCGGUGGAUGAAUUCAUACCCAUCAUGUAUGACAGACAUCCAAACGAGGACUACAAAUCCCAUUUCCCCAACCGAAAUCUACAAGCUUUUAGUACACAUCCCCUGCUGGUGCAGCCUUGUCACUACGCUGGCGAGCCCCAGUGGGUGAGUGACACGGAAACCUCGACGCUGUGGGAUGACGACUCUGUGCCCACUGACUGGAGAGGCUCCCAUAAAACACUGAAAGGUGCGGCACCGCCACCGGAGAUGCUUUCUAGCGCCUACAGGGACGAACUUUAGAGGGCAGCAGAUGGAGCUGCUGGGAAGAAGCAGGUCAAAAGGUCGGGAGGGCAGUCGCUAAGAUUCUCAGACUUAUUUCCAAUGCAGCCAUGCUCAGCGGAAUUUGAACUGGACUUCCAAAAAAGCAAGGAAGCAGAUAUACCCCACAAGAUGGUAUCUGCUAGGAUUUUUACAAUUUUUGGUAAGUUGCCAAUAAAAGUAGCCUAUAGAAAGUUUUUUAAAGGAAUAGAUAUUUUUUUUAUCCAUGUAAAUGCUUCUCAUGAAAAUGCACAACGGAUUUGUCAAAGCUUCAGUCAGAUUUUUUUUUUUAAUUGGCACGUAUGCAUGGAGUUGAACUGUUGGUGACCGCGUCUGUCUCAUAUUUUUGCUUUUUUAUAAUGACAAAAACAAAGAUGUAAUUUGUUUGUCUCUAACUGUUAGACUUCAGGAGGGCACUGCACAAACCUCUGGUCAGUCUGGACAAAAAUCUCUAAAUGCACAUUUUAAGAGUUUUAUUGACAUACUGUGAUAGUGUUGGUCUGUCUAUUUCUACAACAGUUAUAAGAUGGAAUUUUUGAUCCCCUAAAUUUGAUGUUGCUCAUCAUUUCUGUAGGCAAAAUAUUUCUCGUCUUAACAUAUUUUUGUACUCCUGAAGUAUUUUGCUCGGGAUGUCGUGUUAAAUAUUGACACCUAAACAGGUUUGUUUAGUCAUAUUAAAGAACAAGUUCACAUGACAA